AUGCCGAAAAGAAAGGCUCCGACGAAACUUUCUGGACUUACCGGAUCAGACGAUGAGGAUCUGAUGCAGGUGACAGAAAGUGAGAGCGCCCCUGCGCAGCAAUUGCGCGAUGAACCUCCUGCCAAGAAACGACGAGGCCGACCGCGUACAUCGAACGAUAUUGAGACCGAGUCUAAGCCAACAGCCCAAGCUAAGAAGAGAAAUUCUGCUACAGCUACACAAGAGGAGGCUCUCGAGACUAAGAAAACCAGUCGCCGAGGACGACCACGCGGCAGCAGUCGCACCUCUGAAGCCCCAGAGACACAAUUGGAAGAGGUUACGCACAACACAGUCGAUGAACACAAUUAUGAACAAGAAAAUGAGGACCCCAUGGUGUCAAGGGAGACUAAAACAACCCGUUCGAAAAGGGCCGCUAAGCCUGCGCCGACUCGUCGAACAGCGCGUACGACUAGCGCGGCAAAGCAAGUUAUCACGGAUGGCGGAUUCGAGUAUACACCGUCUGGUUCCAAGCAGACUACUGCUCAGGAAUCCAAGGAUGAACCCGAACCCAGCCCCCGUCCUCGCGCAGUUCAACGGCGACAGAAAGAAGCGCAAGCGGCCGAUCCAGUUCAGAACGACGAACCGGCUCCAGAGGUUAUAGAUGAGUCUAUACUCCAUGAAGAAGCACCCCCUUUGCAUGCGCCUUUUCCCGCUGUGAAGAACAUACGGUCUCGGCUCUCCUCAGUACGGAACAUACUAGAAACGUCUCCUCGUAAACGCAAGUCAGGCGAUGCCGAGCAAGGUGGAGAUCCGGAGUUGAGACGUAGAAUUGGUGAUCUCACCAAGAAGCAUGAUGCCCUGGAAUCCAAGUAUCGCAAUCUACGCGAGAUUGGGGUCGUAGAGGCCAGCACGAACAUGGAGAAGCUGCGCAAACAGUGUGACACUAUCACAACGGCUUCAAAUGAGCUCGUCGCUUCUCUCAAACUCGAACUGGAAGCACAGCGAGCUCUUGGGCAACAGAGUCGUGCACUCCAAAAGCAAGUCAAGGAACGCGACAACGAAAUUUCCCGACUUCAGUCCCAGGCGGAAGAGUCUCGUGCUCAACUCGCUGCUAGCCAAACUGAGAUCAAAGCUUUGCAAACUAAGCUCGCUGCCGCUCGCAAUACGGCCGCAAGCUUGGAAAAUACUGUCAAGGUUCCUGGCAGUGCCAUCAAGGGUGGUCCUGCGAAUCGUGCAGUAGCAGCUGCCAACGCCGAGGCAGCGCAGGCGGCACAGAUCGCACAGCUAAAGGAAGAUCUAUAUAGCGACUUGACUGGCUUGAUCGUUCGAGGUGUGAAGGAUCGUGAAGCUGAUCAUUUGUACGAUUGUAUUCAGACAGGAGUCAACGGAACGCUGCAUUUCAAGUUGGCCAUUCCUAAAGUGCCUAGUGCGGAGUAUGAAAAGGCAGUGUUUGAAUACCUGCCUCUAUUGGAUGCCAGUCGUGAUCGAGAGCUUGUUGAUAUUCUUCCCGACUUUCUGAUCGAUCAUAUUACGUUCGAGCGGGAACAGGCGCCGAAGUUCUAUACUCGGGUGAUAGAUGCCCUCACCAAGCGCCGGUCCAGUACGGCAUCACGACUGGAGUCUAUCAUGGCGCGUCUAGGCCGCGUUGGGUUCCUCGCCCUAGCGGUGGUCUUCCACCUGAUCUAUACAUAUUCGAUUUUCGAUAUCUACUUCGUCAGCCCUAUUGUGAGUGGUAUGCGAUCAUAUGGUGUCGACCGAUCCAACGGCGCCAGUGCUCCAGCUCAACGAUUGGUCCUCUUUGUCGCCGAUGGCUUGCGUGCCGACAAGGCCUUCCAGGCCUUCCCCGACCCCUCCCCCGAGAACGACGCCGAACCAACCGAUGAAUUGAUCCGGUUAUCUCCAUUCAUUCGGUCCAAGGUCCUUUCGCAUGGAACCUUUGGCGUCUCCCACACCCGCGUCCCUACCGAGUCUCGACCGGGACAUGUUGCGCUAAUUGCAGGUCUGUAUGAGGAUGUCUCGGCAGUCACAACAGGCUGGAAGAUGAACCCAGUCAACUUCGACAGCGUGUUUAAUCGGAGUCGGCACACAUGGAGCUGGGGCAGCCCUGAUAUCCUGCCAAUGUUCAAGGAGGGUGCGGAACCAGGUCGAGUCUAUGCGGAUACCUACGGCGAAGAGGAGGAGGACUUCAGUGUGGAUGCAUCACACUUGGAUACCUGGGUAUUUGACAAAGUGCAUGCGCUCUUUGAGUCUGCUAAGAGCGACCUAGAGCUGGACCGGAAGCUGCGUGAGGACAAGGUAGUUUUCUUCCUCCACUUGCUGGGAUUGGAUACCACUGGUCACGCAUUCCGACCGUACUCUAAGGAAUACCUGAGCAACAUCAAGCUUGUCGAUCGCGGUGUGCAAGCAGUGACAAAACUGGUGGAAGAGUUCUAUGCGGAUGACAAAACUGCGUUCAUCUUCACCGCGGACCAUGGCAUGAGCGACUUGGGCAGCCACGGUGAUGGUCACCCGGAUAAUACGCGCACCCCUCUUGUUGCGUGGGGCUCUGGUGUCGCGAAGCCGCUAGCUAUUACCCCGGGGGAAUUGACCGGACACGAGGACGGGUUCUCAUCGGAUUGGGGAUUUGACCAAGUUCGACGUCAUGAUGUAGCACAGGCCGACGUUGCCGCUCUCAUGGCUUACCUCGUGGGAGUUGACUAUCCAGUCAACUCUGUGGGUCAGCUGCCAUUGAACUAUAUCGAUGGAAGCCCCGAAGAGAAGGCAUUAGCCGCUCUUGCGAACACACGGGGAGUGCUAGAGAUGUAUCAGGUCAAGGAGCAGCAAAAGAGAGAAGCCUUGCUCCGCUAUGUGCCCUUCCAACCUCUUUCAGGAGACGGUGAAACUUCAAUUGAAGGCCGUUUCGCAAACAUGGAGGCGCUUAUCGCUAAGGGUGACUAUGAGGAUUCGAUUGUUCUAUCUUCUGAACUGCUGGUUCUCGGUCUUGAAGGUCUACGCUAUCUACAGACCUAUGACUGGCUGUUUCUGCGCAACAUUGUCACUCUCGGAUAUCUGGGUUGGAUUGCCUAUUCUCUGACCACCGUGAUUGACUUGCAUGUACUGCAUGGAACAUCGGACUCCCACCGGACGACGGCUAGUAUCUCGUUCUUCUCGUCCAUUCUAGUCGCCUUGUUCUCUGUGUUCUUGUACCAGGGCUCGUCAUGGCGCUAUCACUUUUAUGGAUUUUUCCCUGUAUACUUCUGGGAAGAAGUCUUUGCUCGCAGGAAAGCUCUCAUUGCCGGUCGUGAAAUUGUUCUUGGCCAUGUCCGCUCAUUCAGUGGCUACGUAAGCUUUGGAUUGCAAUUCCUAGCAUUCCUUGGUGUUUUGGAGGCACUCGUCCAAGCCUAUUUCUACCGGGAAAUAUUAACAAUCUGCUUUGUCUUGGGUGCCCUUUGGCCUUUGGCGUACGGGUUCGGAUUCAUUCGCAACCAUGUCGUUUUGACUGCGGCAUGGGUCCUCGGCUGCUCUAUGAUGAGCAUUUUUCCUAUCCUGCCCGUCAGUAAAAUGGAAGAUAUCGAUACUAUCACCUAUGGCGGUCUUCUGAUGUUCUUUACUGGCGUUUUAUACUUGAUGUUCGAGGAUUCUAUCCUUGGAAAAAGCAGCGCUGUUCAUCAAGGCCACGCAGCAAUUAGUACCCUUGGCUCGCGAAUCAUCUUGGGCUUUCAGGUUGGCUUGGUUCUCCUCGCAUUGCUUGUCACUCGAUCAAGUGUCUCUUUUCUCCAGGCUCGCCAAGGUCUGCCUCUUGGUAAUCAAGUCGUUGGAUGGGGUGUGCUAGCUUCUUCUGUUGCACUACCAUUCAUCCACCGGCUCUACCCUAAUAGCCACUAUUUGCACCGCCUUGUAGUCAUCUUUUUGACUUUCUCACCCGCCUUUAUCAUUCUCACUAUUUCAUGGGAGGGCUUGUUCUACUUCGUUUUCUGCAUGACUCUGCUUACCUGGGUUCGCCUUGAGCAUGCCAUCUAUGUUCACACCGGAUUGAAAGCAGCUAAUGGAUCAGUGGCUACAUCGAAAUCCGGCUCUACCGCCACAACCACAGUCGACGGCCGGACAUACCACUACCGCGCCCUAACCGUCUCCGAUGCCCGUGUGGCAUUGUUUUUCUUUUUCCUACUGCAGUCAGCGUUCUUCAGUACGGGAAAUGUGGCCUCCCUCUCUACAUUCACUCUAGAGAGUGUUCGCCGACUCAUCCCAGUCUUCGCGCCUUUCAGCCAAGGCGCGCUCCUCCUCUUCCAAAUCCUGAUCCCCUUUGCCAUUAUCAGCGCCAAUCUUGGCAUUCUUAACCGCCGACUGGAAGUCGGGCCAAGUGCCUUGUUCAUGGUGGUUAUGUCCAUUUCCGACGUGAUGACGCUGAACUUCUUCUACCUGGUGCGUGACGAGGGUUCCUGGCUGGAUAUUGGCAUGACCAUCAGCCAUUACUGUAUUGCCAGUGUUCUGUGCAUCUUCGUUGCAGGACUUGAAUUCCUGAGCGAACAGUUUGUCAGCGGCGUGGACUUUGGGUCUACUGUCGCAGCCGUGACGCAGGUUGUCAGCGAGACUGCCGACUGUGGCCAUGAACCCAAGGUGCAGCUAGCACAGUCAGUGCAAUCAGCAAAGCCCAAAGCCAAGGGCAAGAAAAACCGGAAGGCUCAAUAA